AUGGAAUGCUCUUGCCCGCCACAGUGGCAAUUGUGGGGAAAAGAGUGUUAUCGCCUCACUCCUCGGGUGGCGCAAACUUGGGAUCAGGCCAAGUCGGCUUGCCGAGACUUAGGUGGCAAGAUGGCUUCUCCUCGAUCGCUGGAGGAAAUGAACUUCAUGACAGAUAUGGCACGGGAGAUGGACGACACUGGCGACUACUUCGUCUGGAUUGCUUGUAAUGACAGGGAAGUUGAAGGAAUUUGGGAGUGUGACGGUCAGGAAGGAAUUGAGCCCUUCCUGGAAUGGGAUAUGGGGCAACCAGAUAACAAUGGCAAUCAAGAUUGCGUUAAUAUGGCCGAAAGACAUAAUGACAGAAUGGAUGACGCUGGCUGUGAGAGUACGUGGCCCCAUAUGGCUUUUUGCAUUCGUCGAGCUGCUUGCACUUACGGCCUCAUCCAGCUCCGUCACUAA